CAGAGCGUGGAUCAUUCCAUUCAUAGAAAUAAUAGGCAGUUAGUGAGGAAGAUAAAAGUUUAAUUUAGAUUUUAGAAGGUAGAUAAACAAAAUGGAGGAAUCUAAAGAUCUUCCAAAGAGCAAACACAGAGAGAAAAGAGAAAAUCUUAGAAACACAGGAGACAGAGGACAGUGGUUCAGUAAAGCUGAAUAUGUUCUGGUUGUUGCAGGAAGUAUUGUUGGUCUGGGAAAUGUAUGGAGGUUUCCCUACCUCUGCUACAGAAACGGGGGAGGUGCGUUCCUGGUGCCUUACGGCCUGUUAGCAGUUGUUUGUGGGAUUCCUCUGUUUCUGCUUGAGACUUCAGUUGGUCAGUUCACCCAGGAAGGAUUUAUCACAUGCUGGACAAAACUCUGUCCUCUAGCACAAGGAAUUGGAGUUGGACAGCUGAUGAUUUCACUUUGUUUCUUCAUCUACAUUUUGAUUGAAGCCUGGGCUCUCUUCUACCUCCUGUUCUCGUUUAGGUCCCAUCUUCCCUGGGCCAGCUGUAACAACACCUGGAACACAGCUAACUGCAUCGAUAUCAUGACCUCCACUUCUCCUAAUGUGACUACAAGUCAGACCAACUCUUCCUCUGCUGCAGCUGAGUUCUGGGAACGCCGGGUAUUAGGCAUGUCUGCAGGCAUUGAGGAGCUGGGUGCUGUGAGAUGGGAGCUCGCUGGUUGUCUUCUAGCCUGCUGGGUGUUGUGUUACUUCAGCAUCUGGAAAGGUGUCAGGUCCUCUGGAAAGAUUGCCUAUUUUACUGCCACAUUCCCCUAUGUGAUGCUCCUGGUAUUACUUAUCAGGGGUCUGACCUUACCUGGGGCAUGGCAAGGGAUCUACUAUUACCUACUUCCUGAUUUGAAACGGUUGGCUAAUCUGGAGGUUUGGAUAGAAGCAGGAUCCCAAAUCUUUUUCUCCUACAGCCUAACUGCAGGAACAAUUAAUGUCUUGGGAAGCUACAAUGAGUAUAAUAAUGACUGCUACAAAGACUGCUUUUGGCUCUGUCUGCUGAACAGUGGGACAAGUUUUGUUGCUGGAUUUGUCGUCUUCUCUGUAUUGGGAUUCAUGGCUCAGAAACAGGGUGUGACGGUUGACACAGUGGUGGAGUCAGGUCCAGGAUUGGCCUUCAUUGCUUACCCUCAGGCUGCAGCCAUGAUGCCUUUACCACAGUUCUGGAGCUUCUGCUUCUUUUUGAUGCUGAUUCUGCUUACAGUUGACACACAUUUUGUCAUAGUGGAGAGUUUUAUCACCACUGUGACCGACUUGUUUCCAAAAUUGUUUCGUGUGCCAGUGAAGCAUGAGAUCUUUGUCCUUUUUAUCUGCUUAUCAAGUUUUCUGGUACAUCUGACUUUGGUUACUGAGGGUGGAAUUUACAUCUUCCAACUGAUAGAUUUUUACGGCUCCACCAGAGUUUGCCAGAAUUUUAUGGCAAUAUGUGAAUGUCUGGCUGUGGGUUGGAUAAUUGGUGCUGACUGUUUUUCUGAGAUCAUUGAGGACAUGACAGGGAAGAGACCUUCAGUUUUCUUUAAAGUAUGCUGGAAAUUUCUCAUUCCUCUCCUAUCAUUGGUUUCCCUCAUCUUGUAUCUGGUUGAUUACCAACACCUAAGGAUCAACGACUGGUAUGUUUACCCUGACUGGUCUUAUGCACUGGGGUGGAUCCUGACUCUGUCCUCUGUAGCCAUGGUGCCUCUUUGGGCAGUUGGACAGCUGUGCGUUACAACAGGAACCAUCAGACAGCGACUGUCCAUCCUUUGCUGUCCUGCUGAUAAUCCGGUCCCACAGAGAAGAGAAAGAGAUGAAACAAGAGGAGACAUGCUGGAACAUCUGCAGAUGUCUGAUGAAAAAUAACUCGCAAAAAAAGCAAACAUCGUGGGGCGCCCAGGGAGCAGUUUGGGGUUAAGGGUCUUGCUCAGGGACCCAGACGGCAGUCUGUGGGAGUGGGACUCGAACUCAGAACCUCAGGAUUCCAAACUCUAUGCCCUACCACUCCCCACAUUUAAGUGAUAUAGUGAAUUUGUUUUGGAUUGUCUACUGUUGAUCUUUAAUGGUCAUUUAUAUUCAACACAGACACUGUUUCCUCUUGGAAUUUGAAGUAUUUUAUGAGAUUUUAAAUAUGUUUUUAACAUUUGGUAAGCAGUCGGUGGAUUAAAUCAAUAUAGUUAAACCCUAUGACUAAAAUCAGUGUUUACCUGCAUGUCUAAGUUUAAGAUGAUUUAUUUUUCUUGAUGAAAACUUCAUAUGUCAUAAUCUCUAAGUUUUCUUGUUAUAUCACAGCACACAUUUCCAGUAGAGCCUUGUUGUUCUGGAAAAAUUUUUUUCCUUCCUGUGAUGUUUCUUUCUGAGAUUAGCUGUACAUAUUACAUUAAAUUAGA